CAACAGUCUUGGUCUAAACCACUGAAUUCGUGAUUAUACGAUGUCGGCACCGAUACCCCCUCUCGAGGAACUUGUAGCUGCCGUACGCGAAGUCGUACGGCCUGCUGUGAAUGCCGGGUUGUUGCAUACUUUGACUAUGAAACUCGUUCGAGCAAAGGUCGAAGAAAAGUUUGGGUUGGAGCCUGGGACACUUGGUGUACCGGAAUACAAGGGCGCGUUGAAGGAAGCGACUGAGAAGGCUACGGCUGAACCUCCUUCCGACAAUGAAGCUUCGAGUCCGAAGAAAAGUAAAACAAAGAGCAAGGAUAAAUCGGCAUCUACUUCGUCAGGCAAGAAGCGGAAAGCAAAGUCGCCACCGCCCACUUCGGAUAUGAGCGACGACGAUGAGCCAGAGGCUGAGAGCUCGGAGGAGGAUGGAGAGGACUCGCCUCCACCGGCCAAGAAGAAGAAAGUGACGGCCUCGUCGACCGUGAAGAAACCACGGGCGCCUGUGAGCUCCUCAGCUGGAAAGAAGAAGCGUGCGCGUGUGGAUUCGGAUGAAGAGGAAGAGGCGGAGAGUAGUGAACCAGACGAUGACGAUGACUUUGAAGACGAUGAGGAGGAUGUGAAGCCCAAGGCCAAGGGCGGGAGUGCGAAAGCGAAGGGCAAGGAGAAGGAAUCUUCGCGUCGAGCCUCGACGGACUCAACGAAACGGAAGAGCAGCGCGCAGUUCAAGACACCUGAACAUGUCCCGACUUCAGAUAUGGAACAAGACGAACCAGAAGAACCCGCGCCAAAACCUCAAUCCAAAUCCAAGUCCAAACCCUCGUCCUCUACCUCAUCUUCCCCCAAGAAAGCAUCCAAGAAGGAAGAGCCGGCGACGCCGGUCCAGCCGCCUCCCAUAAAGAAGUUGAAAACCAUCGUGAUGAGUGACGAAGAGGAUGAAGCGGAGGAGGAGGAGAAACAAAGGACGCCUACCAAGAAACCUAGGUCUUCCAGUGGAUCACCGAAGAAGAGUCCUGAGAAGGUGAAGGAGAAGGCUAGACAAGAGGAAGAGAGCGAGACGGACCUUGAAGAUCUGAUUGACGAGCCUCCGAAGAGAGUGAAGAAAAAGGCGUCUUCAUCGGACUCGAAGAGCAAGAAGGAGAAGAGUUCGAGUGGGAAGAAGACUGCUUCUAGGAAAGCUGGAAGUUCGAAAGAUUCGGGGUUGAGUAAAGACGAGGAGCAGAUCAAGAAACUGAAGUCGUACGUCGUUGCUUGCGGUAUACGCAAACAAUGGAAGACACUGUUCGCCGGGAUGAGCGAGCGCGAACAAAUCUCCGCGCUCAGGAAGAUGCUCAGUGAUCUGGGUAUGACGGGUAAACUGAGCAUGGAAAAGGCCAAGGAGAUCAAGAGGAAACGCGAAUUUGAACAGGAACUGGAGGACGUGAAAGAAUUUGCGAAAUCCAUGGAAGCGCGCGAACGAAGAAAGUCAAGAGGGUCUACAGCGGACGAGGAAAGUGGGGAGGAAAAAGAUGAUGAAGAAGAGGAGGGGGAUGCAAUUGUUGUUAGGCGGAAGAGAGUUCUAUGUACUCCAUGCUCGUCGAGCGGCCCACUGCAGUUAGGGGCUGGUAUCUACUCCCUUCGAUACACUCAGCACCGCCAUUCUUCACAGGAAAAGGGGAGCGAAUGGGACGAGGUGCUGAGGAAUGAGAGGAUUAACCGUCGAGUCAAACCCGCUUACCUCGAAACUAUCAUAUCCACCAUGGUCAAGAAGAACCAAGCAGCCUACGAACCUCCAAAGCAAACCAAAGCGGUCCUACUCUACUGGAGGACUCCUGAAGAGUGGGCAGAAGUACUGCACGAAUGGGCAACGUCAACAGGUCAACUCAACACUAUCAUGACCUUCUACGAGAUCACAGACCCACCCGUCGAGUCCCCUUUGACUGGCAUCCCUGUCCAAUUGCUGCGCAAAGCCAUAGGUAUAUUGGGCAAGACAGGAAGAGCACAGACCAUUUCGAUAUCGGACGGAGAAGGCGUUAGGUUCUUUGCCGCCAAAUGA